UAUCGACCUUCUUCCCGCAGUGUUCGUCUCUCUCCUUCCCGUCGUCUCGUUUACUCUCGUCAUUCGUCGCUGUCGUCGUCGCUGUCGCCUCUCUCGCACUCCUCCGACUCUUUCUCUUUCAGCAACAACCAUUCCUAUCGAGAUUGCCGCCGCUGCCAUCGUGAUAUACCCCAACGCGGGAACGGGCCGAUAAACCAGUUUUUAAAAUUUCCAUUUAGUCGCCGUGCUCCACCCGCGAGCCAGCUCUCGUUCCCAUCAGUUGCGCUACAUCGAGCGAACACCUCGCCGCCAAGAGGCUUCUUUUGCUUCUAGCGUUGACGUGUUGGAACCUGUCAAAUCCAGGACGGGGGAACCAGCGAUCAAGCCAACCGACGCGAGAGAGCCAUACCGACUAUCGUCCGGUCGUCGCUGCCACGACAAAGCGUUUUGAAAGUGCCGCUCUCCCUGUCUGCCUGCGUCAAGGCAAUCAUGGAGGCUGGUCCAUCGAUCACCCCCGCCUCGCAAAGAGGGCAGAGAAGUAAGGGGCUGAGCACAUGGAGAAGAGCAGCGGCCACUUGUCUAGCCAUCGUGGGGGCCAUGAGCAGCUUUACGGGCGCAGAGGCGGCAUCAGGCAUUGACGCACCCAGAAAGCUUUACACCUCCUCCGCGGCCUACUGCAGCCCUCCUUUGGCCAUCAUCGUCACCGACUUGUCUCUUACCUUUUACCCCGGCAACUCCACCCUCGAGUUUGAACUCUCGGCGGCAUCAACAAAGGACGACCUCAAUGUCUCCGUUGGCCUCGACGUAAAUGCAUACGGCCUCGGUGUUUUCAACGUCAAUCUUAACCUCUGCGACAUUGCAGGCGGCAUCCUCUGUCCUCUGCCUCAAUACCAGUUCAGUGGUGGUGGCAUUUAUCCUGUUCCCACUCAAUUUGCUGGCGAAAUCCCUGGCAUCGCCUACACUGUGCCCGACCUCGAGGCCGUGGCUACCGUCGAGCUGACCGAUAUCAACACGAACGAGGUUGUCGGCUGCGUCCAGGCCACCCUCGAUAAUGGCCAUACGACGCAGCAGCCUGCCGUGCUGUGGGCCACCGUUGGCUUCGCCCUCUUGGCUCUGUUCAGCUCCCUCCUCCAUUCGGCUAUUGCCCAGUCGACGGGAGCAGCACAAUGGCGCAUCGUUGACGUCAUGCUGGCAAUCCAGCAUCCAGCCAUCACCUCGCUCCUCACACUGAACUACCCCGUGGCUUUCCUCAGCUACGGCUUGAACUUUGCCUGGUCCAUUGGCCUCGUCAACAUUCCCUCGCUUCAAAGUUCUAUCACGAAGACGAGACGUAACACGGGAGGCAAUCACGGAGCCACCUUUGGUACGACCCUUGUCGCCGAGAGCGGCCGAAAAUACAAUCCGUUCAGCGAGAGCACGCCCACUCCCUCGACCGGCGGCAAGUCAAUUGAUGGCGGCGCCCUCGGCUUGAGUCUGCGUCGCGGCAUGGAAUUCCUGUCGAGGUCGUCGGACUACACGCCCGGCAUGGCCCUCAGCCCCAUAGAUAGCCAUGUCCACGUGCACAACCUGGCAAAGAGGCAGAUGUAUGCCCCCAACACUGGUCCUGGCGGCAGCUUGCUUACUGGAGGGAGCAACGUUGAGCUGCCCAUCGUCACGCAAAACGAAACGAGCAAUGGCGACAUCGGCACUUUUGCCGAGCGGCUCUACAUUGCACCCGACAACUCUUUCCUCACCGUUUUGGUCUCCAUGUUCAUCUUGUUGGCCAUCGUCAUUGGUGCUCUGCUCCUCGUCUAUGUUGUCGCGCUCCUGCUGCGGGCCUUGACGAUCGAGCGACACGGCAAGCUCAGCGACAACGUCAACCACUGGAGCCAUCGCAUCAUGCGGCCGAAGGAGUUCCUCGGUAGCCUGAGCCUGGCCAUGUUUGGGCGCUACUUCCUCAUCAUCUUUCCCGUCUUUUUCAUCUUCGCAUUCUACCAGUGGGACCAUGGGGACUCCUGGGUCGGUCAUCUGGUCGCCGCCAUCUUCUUCGUCAUCGUGCUCGCCCUCGCUGGCCUCCUGUUCUAUCCCAUGAUCAAGUACGCUCGUCGCGGAUCGCCCACGGAUCUUUACUACAACAACACGCCGCCGGCCCACGGCAGCGAGCUCGCGAAACGAUGGGGCGCCAUGGCUCACCCAUUUAGGCCAAAGUACUACUGGUUCGCAGCCGCCUUCUGCGCCUGGUCUAUCCUCCGCGCGUGCUUCGUCUCCUUUGCACAGGGCUACGGCACCCGACAAGCCAUCGGCCUCCUCGUCCUCGAGGUUCUCCUCUUUGUUGUCCUCUGCGUUUUGCGAGUGGGCCGAGACAAGAAGUCGGACUUCGUCUUCAUCUUCCUCUGCUUCUCAAGGAUCGCCGCCUGGGCUGUCUGCAUUGCCUUUAUCCCUGCCGCCAACGUGACGACGAUUCCUCGCGUCAUUGUCGGCUUCGUUCUCAUUGUCGUGACCGGGCUACCCAUCAUUUACCUCUUCUUCCUCACCCUUUACGACCUCUUUACUCCGUUGCUCAAGCGCAACCGAAAGGACGUCCAGCACGAGAAAGAUACCGAAGGCGAGCCGCAGAUGUCCGAGUAUUCGUACGGUAACGUUGGCACAGGCCAGGAGCAAACGACGACGCCUCCUUCAGAAGCAAACGGCAGCCACGAAAAGGCACCAGAGGAAGGCCACCAGAGGAACGAUAGCAACGCGCCAUUGACAAACAAUCAGCAAGUCCCGGCUUCCCACACUCUCGCCUCGAUGGCGACGGCGACAACCAACAAUCACGAGACCAGUCAACUGUAGUUGUCCACAUUCGUUACUGCAUCACCUUCUCCUCUAAUCAUUACACACAUACUGCUGCUAGCUUUCCUUGUUUCUGCACAUUUUUACCUCCUUGUAAAUCGUUCAUAUUCGCAUUCACAUUCGCAUUCACCCC